UCAGUGUUGUUUGGCGCUGCCUAUUUAGAGGUUGACUGUGUGAUUUAGUGAAGUGUUGAGAAAUUUCGCUGGCCAUUCUGCUGGACUGUAGGCAUUAUCCCGCCGCUAUGACGGAAACUAUCAAAGGUAAGCUCCGAGCCGCGUCUCCCUGGUUGUGAGUGCGUCGGGGCUUGCUAACUGUUACAGACGAACAAGGCGCCGUAAUGACCGCUAAACGCUUCAUAUUGUGGGAAAAAUCAUACCAGUUCGUAUCGGUACGAGUGCGUCGUUUGCCACUAGCGUUGCGUCCCCCGAAUUGUCAAGCUGCGUGAACGAAAUGUGCCGGUAUAGGUUCACUGUGAGAUGGAGUGGGAGAAGCGGUAGAACCAGGAGCUUGCCAUGUGAUUAGGAGAUCGGGCGUUAUAACCUCACUACAGCCCUCAACCAACAGUCCCUACCACAACCCUCGUUCCACUGUCCCUACCACGACCCUCAUCCCACUAUCCUCACCACAACCCUCGUUCCACUGUCCCUACCACGACUCAUCCCACUAUCCUCACCACGACCCUCAUCCCACUAUCCUCACCACGACCCUCAUCCCACUAUCUUCACCUCGACCCUCAUCCCACUAUCCUCACCACGACCCUCAUCCCACUAUCCUCACCACGACCCUCAUCCCAUUAUCCUCACCACGACCCUCAUCCCACUAUCCUCACCACAACCCUCAACUCACUGUCCUCACCACAACCCUCAACCCACUGUCCUCACCACAACACUCAACCCAUUGUCCCCACCACAACCCUCAACCCACUGUCCUCACCACAACCCUCAACCCAUUGUCCCCACCACAACAGAACCCACUGUCUCCACCACAAUCCUCGGCUCACCUCCACACCACAACCCCCAACCUACUGUCACCAUUACAACCCCUAUCCACCUGUCCUUACCUCAACCUUCAACCCACUUGGACUACUACACCCCGCAAUCCACUAUCCCCACCACAGCCAUUCAACCAACAGUCUCCAACACAAACCCCAACCCGCUAUCCUCACCACAGUCCUCAACCCACUGUUUCCACUGCAAACAGCAUCCCACAAUCACGACCACAACCCCUUCCUAUCACCACCACAUCCCCUAACCCAUACUGCCCACCGCAACCCAUAAUCCACGGUCCCCACACCAAUCUCCAAUCCUCGGUGGCCAUCACAACCCACCCUCCCCACAACUGUCCCGAGUGCGAGAACGCCACUAGAACAAGGAACCGAACAAGAGACAGUCAAAUGGGAACAAAUAAUAAUUAGUGUAACGAUAGCGAGAAAGUUGAUAGUGGAGCGAGAAGAGCCCUCUAGCGGCGGCACUAACAGUCCUUCACUACUGGAGAGCUUUGGCAAAGAACUUUGACUGGGCUAAAAGACAAAUAUACCAGUGUCUUAAGACAAUUUUACUUAGCCACGGAAAAAAAAGCAAAGAACUAGGAUGUUGGCCAGUGUUUCCAGGAACGUCUUGCGAGCUACCGCGGAGAGAGGCGGGAGAGUCUCGGUGUGUAUAGGGUGCGGAGCCGUGAUCCACGACCAGUACAUCCUGCGGGUGGCGCCGGACAUGGAGUGGCACGCCGCCUGCCUCAAGUGCGUCGACUGCCACCAGUUCCUCGACGAGUACUGCACCUGCUUCGUCAGGGACGGCAAGACCUACUGCAAGAGAGACUACGUCAGAUUAUUUGGCGCCAAAUGUGAUAAAUGUGGACGAAUGUUCGAGAAGACCGACCUUGUCAUGAGAGCCCGAACGAAAAUCUACCAUCUAGACUGUUUCAGAUGCUCGGCGUGCGGGAAGCAGCUGCUCCCGGGGGACGAGUUCGCGCUCAGAGAAGACGGCCUCUACUGCCGACAUGACUUCGACUCCUUCGAGAAGAAAGCCAACGCUGAGAACAACAACACCACCAACAUUAACAACAACGAACUCAAAGGUGAGGGGAAACCGGUACGGAAGGAACGACGAGAGGGGAAAACUACGAGGGUACGCACUGUGCUCAACGAGAAGCAGCUACACACGCUAAGAACCUGCUACGCCGCCAACUGCCGGCCGGACGCCCUGAUGAAGGAGCAGCUGGUGGAGAUGACGGGGCUGUCUCCGCGGGUCAUCAGAGUCUGGUUCCAGAACAAGCGGUGUAAGGACAAGAAGCGCUCCAUCCUAAUGAAACAGAUGCAGCACGAAAAGGUAUGGGAGGAGAAACAAAUGGCGCUGCAGGGGAUCACGGGCGUGCCGAUGGUGGCAUCUUCACCUAUCCGUCACGACGGGGCGCCCAUGGGCGUGGGCAUGGGCGGACCAGUCGACGUCACCGCCUACCAGCCGCCCUGGAAGUCCCUGACGGAGUUCGCUCUCACCCACGACCUGGACCGUCUGGACCCCUCCACCCCUCAGUACCAACAGCUCGUCCAACAGAUGCAUGGCUACGGGGCGGAAAUGUGUGCAGCAGCAGAGCUCCUCGGACCGCAGUCGCAGAUGCUUCCGCAGCCGCAGCAGCAACAGCCACAACAGCACCAGCCGCAGCAUCCGCAUGCCGACUCCAAGUACGACACGGGUCCCUUCGACGACUCUGUCCACAGCGACUCCUACGUGUCCUACCUCGAAUCCGACGACUCUAUGACGGCUCCACUAAGCACGACCACCAGCCCCUGAUGGUUGAGGCCCCGGGUAGUCAUCACAGCGUAGCUAAGUCGUCGUCGUCAUCGUCGUCGUCGUCAUGAUUGGCUCGGUCAUCGCCUUCCGCCACAUCAUGUUCCUCCUUUCCUCCCGGUGGGGAAGAGGGUUAGGUCGAGUGUGACCGAUCGUGGUUGCUGUGGCAGGUGGUGGUGAUGGUGGUGGUGAUAGUGGUGGGGACAAGUGGUGGUGGUGGUGGCGACGGCGAAGACUGUUGUAACAAACUUUUAGUUGAAGAAUCAUUUUACAACCCCGUGGUAAACACACAAUGCACUAAAUCCUGUCUCUCUAAUGUCCCGGUUGGUCCAGAGAACCAAAACACACGGACAGGUGCGUAUUAGUGUCGAGACUUGUGCAGGUCUUGUUAUAGAGACCUUAACUUACACAGCUUACUAAGCAAAUAUGUGCACUUCCUCGUGUUCCAUCAAGGGAAACUGAUCCUUCGUAAUAGACGUAUUAAUAAUCCCAUGGUCAAAUAUCUGGUCGGCAAGUCUCAUCAUCCAGAUCUGGGCGAUUUGAACUUUGACAGGUCCCACCAUCUGAGGUAAUGACUGGCAUCCUGAAAGUCGAUAGCGAAAAUGUGCAAUUUCUGUUUAAGAUCCGGUUUCUGGACGUACAAACGUCCAAAGGUCCGCUUACGCUUAAAAGCGAGCAGAUCUCUCAUCCUGGAUGUCCGGUGGAUGAAAUUCGGAUAUAUUCCGCAGGCUUGUUGUAGUGUCCGGAUAAUGAAGACUUUGAGAGUGUACAGUGUUCAAAACGUACCAUAAACGCCAAUAAAAACAAAACAUAAAACACCGAAGAAACGAAACCUGGGAAGUUCAUUUCAAGGUCUUUUAAACUGCAUUUCUGUGUUCAUAAAAGUGUCCAGCAGAUUUGUUUUGUAUCUGUGGUGUGUUGGACACAUGAGAGUGUGUGUGUGUGUGUGUGUGUGUGUGUGUGUGUGUGUGUGUGUGUGUGUGUGUGUGUGUGUGUGUGUGUGUGUGUGUGUGAAUGACAGAGAGAGAGAUCCAUGUAGACAACUUCUGUUCCUUGUACUCAGCGCUGGUGUGCUAACCUGUGUGUGCUCUCACCAGACUGGACUGGACCCUCACAGUAGUUGAUUCACUCGGUGUAGGCAUGUUGAUAUUAUUAUUAGUUCUGUGUAUGAUAAUAAUGACCUUUUCGGUGUUCAUUGGUGUGCGUUUCCCGUGUGUGUGUGUGUAACUGCUACGACAUGACCUUUCUUGAGGUCAAGCCUCUCCGAGGCCGUGACACUCCUCUCCAAGGCAUGACCCCUUUCUCUCUGCUUCCCUUAGGGGCGGUCAUCCUUCUUUUCCCUCCCUCAUAGGAUGGGAGUUUCCCUUUAAUCCUUCUAGGACGUGACUUCCCUAGGGCAUGACCAACCCCCCAAAUACUUCCCCUAGGACGUGAUCCCCUAUCCUUCCAUUGUAUUAAUUUAGCUUGUUUUGGUAGUUACACAAUAUAAAAUGUUUGUGAUAUGUUUGUAAACAAUAGGCGAAGACGUUUUGUGAAACUUCCCUGGCAGAUUAUUAUAUUAUUAUUAUUAUUAUUUUACUUAUAAUUAUAAUUUUCGGAGGAGGCUUUAAUUGUUGUGUGUUGGUUAUAAAUGUUGUUUCCUAUGUAUUAUCUGUUUUCUCCCCUCUCCUCCUCCUCUCUUUCUUGCCCCUGCUUUGCCCUCUAUCCUAUUCUCUUCACUCUUCCCAUUUUGUUCUGCUUCCUAGUCUUCUAUCCCCUUCCCUCCGGCUGUACACUUCACUCCACUGUCUUCCGCGUGCCCAAUGACAAAGCUUUUCCCCCACCCGCUCUCAUCCAUCCCUUUUUCACCUCUCAUUUUCCGAUUCCCUCACCCAGGGGUUCCCAGUGAUCAACUUGGCGAGUCUGAUGUACGUGUAUGCAAGCGAUCUACCAUUAAAGUGUUCC